AUGAACCUCACUAAGAUGUUCCAGCGCGUUUUCACGAACAAAUCUAAAAGCGCAUCCCCACGCAACGCUUCGCAAACCUCGCUUCCUGUUUUGGGCAACAGCGGGCCAGCCUUAAACCCAGCUGGAACUCCUCUUACUGGAGAGCCAGCGUCCACAACGCCUGUGCCAAACACGCCCACUCAGAUUCCGAAUCGAGCCCCUUCGAAUCGCAACUCUUCUCUGCAAAGAGCGCAACAAACCUGGAGUGGUUCUUCCAGUGCCACACCAGAUCCAUCUAGGAGCUCAACUAUGCCCCGCCCCUCAGGGGUCCAGAGUUCACCAAGCCAACAACGGCUGACCCACCACAACCAGCCGACUGAGCACGUCAAUACUUCUGUGCCCGUAGCAACUUCCAACAGCCCGGCGAACGGUACAAACACGCCCCACCCCAACAUAUGGCGCGAUCCGGCAGCGUCACGAAGGCGAUCGAUAAACAUCAAUCUGAGGAGUGCGGUCAGUUUCAGAAGCAAAGCCGAGAAGAGACCACUCAAGACUGGCGAAUAUACGGAGUAUUAUAGUGUCUAUUGUCUCGAAUGGAGUGCUCUUCUUGAGUGGCUGCGCAAAACCUUUGACGAAUGUCAUUUUGACGACAAACCCGUCAGGGCCAAGAAUGUUGAUCACGACCUUUACAAGUUCACCACCCCGCGACCUUUGACGAAGUCUGACAAGGAUGCUAUCUACAAGCUGAGAUGGGACUACGAUGCGGAUAAAGAGACUGAUCCAUAG